UUAUUUGAUCUAUGCUCCGUGUGUGCUCUGUACGAUUCGCCCAUGCGUCUCGUUCCAUGUCAAAUAAUGACAGUUGAUAUUGACACUUUCAUUUUUACAAAUAUAUAAAUCCAAAAAUAACAAUAAUAAAAAAGGCUAAAUAGAAAUAAUAAAUAAUGAUUUAAUGGAGUCUAUGACAGAUAGUUCUGAUUCCGAUGAUUCUGCAGGAUUUCUCAGAAAGGCCGUGGAAGUAACCAUUCCACACGAUUUCAAUCCCAAUUCAGUUCCCCAAGAUGGUUUGGAAUACCUUCAGCAUGUAAUAUAUGAGCGACGAAAUAUAAAAAAAUAUGUUAGAGCUGAUAUUGAUACAAACAAAUACAGCAAAAAUCAAACUUUCACAGUACCUUCCCAUAAACACAUUACAGAAACACAUAAAAACCAUUUACCUUCAAUUCAGUGGCAAGUACAAAAAAUUAAGGAUUUUAAAGACUUUAAACAGAUAGUUGAGAACCAAAUUGAUAAGGAUUUUGUGCCAAGAACUGAAUCAUUUAAUGAAGCCCAAUUUCUCAAGAUUUUAAAAACUGAAGGGCCACAAUUAUCAGCAUUUGUGAAGUACACUCAGUCAGUAAAAAUAAGAAUGUUAGAAAUUAUAACCAAAUGCUUGGAUUCGAGUUUAAAUAAUUGGAAAUUAGAAGACUGUCUAGGUGAAUGGAUAUUUGCUAUUUUAGUAACAUUGAGUAUACCGUUAAGCCCUAAUGGCUGUCAUGUUAUUAGGGAUUUUACCAGAACCUGUAAAGAUGUGAGAUCUAAGUUUCCUAAAGAAUUAGAAAGAAAACUUUGUGAUCCUUUAAAUUUUUAUAUCUGUAUUUGUAGUAAAAUAUAUGGUCAAACAGAUUUAGCUGAUUAAAUAAUGUGUUUUUUAUUCACUACCAUUUUUAAAAUUAAAUCGGUCAUUUCAAAAACCACAUAAGUCAACAUUUGGUAAAAUUAUGUGUAUUAUGAAAAGUCUUGUCAGGGGUAUCUACACAUGUGCAAAAAUCACACAAGUCACAUUAAGUGUUAGAUAAAUAAACAUUUUUAAAUUUUUGUAUUGGUUACAAAUACCAUAUAAGAUGAUGAAUUAUGUAGUUUUUGCAUAGACAGUCAGGUUUUUAAGAUGGCAUUUUAAUUUAUAUUAUCAGCUUAUUAUUCAAGUUUAAUGUUACCUUCUCCUUACAUUUUAAAAUAAUUUUUAUUACAAGUUUUGAUUAUGCAGAUUUUUGCACUAUUUUCUUUCAAAACAAACAAAAAAAUUGUUCCAUUCAAAAACCACAUAAGUCAAUAAUAAAAAUAUAUUUUUUUCUUUAAACUCCCUGUUUUUAAAUCUUCCAUUCUAUUUUUAUAAUCUAGUUACUUAAAAACCUUAAAAAAAUAUAAAUUGUUUAUAGACUAAAUAUAGAUUUGUAAUAUUAUUUUAUUAAAAGUAAUUUUAGGUCUUCAAUUAAUUUCAUUUAAAAGUAUAUUACAUUCAAAAUAAUUUGGUUACAUACCUUUAAACUACUUUUUUAUAACCUGCAAACAAAAAUAAAAAAAAAAAACGAAAUCACGGACACAAUGGUUUUUUGUUUGGCACACAAAUUACAUCAAACUAAUACAAUGUAUAACUAUUUUGUUCCCUUUAUUUUGGUUGUUUGGUCACAAAAAAAUAUGAUCUUGUAUAAUAGAAUUGAUUUAUUGAAAUCACUAGCCCAUUUUUUUAAGAUUUUUAUUUAUAUAGAGUGCGCCAGUGAAAACGUAAUAAACUAUAUGCAGAAUUUAUCAAGAAAAUUUUUUUACAAACUUGAAGCUUUUAGAUAAUAUAUGUAGGUAUGAUACUACAAUAGGUACUUAUUUGACUGUUCUACAAAUAAGUUCUAAUUGAUUAAAAUUCUCUUUGGGAUAAGGUGCAUCAAAAUUAAUUUUAGGAUAUCCCAUUUUUAUUUAAAAAUGAGACAAAAAAUAGUUUGUGCAACGGUAGUGG